AUGAAUACAUCAUUCUCACUCAAAUCUAAAAUACCAACGACAAAUUCGUCAACAACGACAAACUCGUCAACUGCAGCAAAGUCGUCGACCGCAACAAAACCGUCAACAGCAGUAACGACAAAACCAACAUCGAUUUUGAAAACGUCGACGACAGCCACCAAAGCAACUACAAAAACUUUUCCAUCUCCUCCUCCUCCGGCCACACUAUUGUACUUCAAAACAGCCAUCUCCAUUGAAAGCUCUCCACUUUCCAGUAACAACAUCAACUACUGCAACGACAUCCUUAACAUCAACAACAACAUCAACAACAACAAAAACAGCAGCAGCAGUAACAACCGCUACAACAACAGCAACAUUUACGACAAGAGCAACAAUAACGUCGACGACAACAUGCAACAAGUCAGCAGCAUGUUUCAACAGCGCAGCAACAGCACCGGCCACAACAAUUCGGGUGGUGGUAGUGGAAGUCUCUACCGGAACUGCAAGCGAACACAAAGAUCAGGCAGUAGCGGUAACGGCAGUAGCAACAACAGCAGUAGCAUCAACAACUCGUCCAGCCACAAAUAUAUGUCAAAAUCGUGCAAAGCCAAGAUAGCCUGCCUCUUUGUCGUCUUCAUACCAACUGUCGCUUCGGUAGCUAUGGCGAUUUUGUGGUCUGUAGUGCUUAACACGCAGCAUGCAAGCAAACAUGUGUCCGGUGAUCCAUUGCUGUGA